AUGGCCACCGGCAGAGCCCUGAAACAGAAAGCCAAGAAGAGGAGGCGAGGGGAUGCCAGGCAAUGGCAGACGGCCGUCAUCAUCGGCCCCGAUGGCCAGCCUCUGACCGUGUACCCGUGUCACAUCUGUGGUAAGAAGUUCAAGUCGCGGGGGUUCCUGAAGAGGCACAUGAAGAAUCACCCCGACCACCUCAUCAAGAAGAAGUACCAGUGUACGGACUGCGAUUUCACCACCAACAAGAAGGUCAGUUUUCACAACCACCUGGAGAGCCACAAGCUGACCAGCAAAACGGAAAAGCCUCACGAGUUCACGGAGUACACGCGGCGCUACCGCGAGGCCAGUCCGCUCAGCUCCAACAAGCUCAUCCUGAGGGACACAGAGCCCAGACUGCACAAGUGCAAAUACUGCGACUACGAGACGGCCGAGCAGGGGCUCCUCAACCGCCAUCUGCUGGCCGUACACAGCAAGAACUUUCCACAUGUGUGCGUCGAAUGCGGAAAGGGCUUUAGACACCCCUCCGAGCUGAAGAAGCACCUCAGGACCCACACGGGAGAAAAGCCGUACGCGUGCCAUUUCUGUGAGUUCCGUUGCGCCGACCAGUCGAACCUAAAGACGCAUAUUAAAAGCCGCCACGGCUCGGACUUGCCGUUCAAGUGCGAGCAGUGCCCCCAGGCGUUCAACGACGAGAAGGACCUUCUGCGCCACACCGAGCUCUUUCAGGGCCACAAAACCCACCAGUGCCCCCACUGCGACCACAAGAGCACCAACUCCAGCGACCUGAAACGCCACGUCAUUUCCGUCCACACCAAGGAUUUCCCCCACAAGUGCGACGUGUGCGACAAAGGCUUCCACCGCCCCUCCGAACUCAAGAAACACAGCGAGACGCACCAAGGCAAGAAGGUCCACCACUGCCGCCACUGCGACUUCAAAACCCCCGACCCGUUCAUCCUGAGCGGCCACAUCCUGUCUGUCCACACGAAAGACUUGCCCUUCAAGUGCAAAAAAUGCAAACGCGGCUUCCGGCUGCAACCGGAGCUCAAAAAGCACAUGAAGACGCACAGCGGCAAAAAGGUCUACCAGUGCCAGUACUGCGAGUACAGCACGACGGACGCGUCCGGCUUCAAACGCCACGUCAUCUCCAUACACACCAAGGACUACCCGCACCGCUGCGAGUUUUGCAAAAAGGGAUUCCGACGGCCGUCUGAAAAAAAUCAGCAUAUAAUGCGCCAUCACAAGGAGGUCCUUUUGUAA